AUGGCGUCUGAUCAGAGUUCUGCAUCUGAGUCAACGCCGAAUGGCGGAGAAACUCGUACUCCUAGUCCGUCAAUUCAGUGGGCUGCUGCGUUCCAAUCACCGGAGUUUACAACGGGCCUUCAAGCGGCAAUUACUCAAGCAUUGCGCCAGUCAAGAGCACCGAUCGACCAGAGUGCCAGCCUGGAAGAACUGGGGAAUCCUGCAAACACGUUUCGGGCUCCUACACGGACGGUCCAUCAGCUAGAGACUCAGGUAGGAGGCUCACAAUCUCGGCAGAACACAGGUAUGUUGAAUGCUCCAUUGUUUGUCGCAACUAGUGAAUUAAAUGGCGCAGAAACGCACGCCGAUCCGUCUGUGAACAUCACGCAAACUCGACCCAAUGGAAUAUCGGAAAAUCACGAACUUGCUAGACAAUUGUGUCCAUCUGCGUUUGUUUCUAACUCGAGCCCCGAAAACGCUUUUGUCCUCGGCCCUGGCAGAGCUCCAAUUCCAACAAAAUUGGUUAAACGAAUCGUGACUCACGAGUUUAUUGAAAUGUCGGAGUUAAAUCCCGAUAACCUAGCAGAACCUCAAUCAGAAACGGCGGUUUUCUCUAUCGAGGGCUCUUCUAUUAUCCCCAAACCGGCAUCUACCAAGAAACGUGAUAUAUCGGAUAUUCUAAC